GGCAGCGGGGGAGCGAGCGAGAGAGCGAGGCGAUCUGGUCGCGCGGCUCCUGCAGCGACCUGCCUGCGCCGGCGGCGGUUGCAGCUACAUCCCCCUCCGGGCAUCGCCGGCAACGUCUGCUCCGCGCUCUCCGGCGGCGGCGGCUCGGCCUCCCGCUCCUCGAUGUGCCUAAGCAGGAGGUGGCGGAGGAGGCAGCAGCAGCGGCGGCGGGGCUUGCACUCGCCCCACGGCGACUCGCCGCUUGCGCGCUCCGGGCAACCCUGAGCCCAAGGCUGCUGCCUCUCUUGCCUGCCACUCCGGCCGCCUGCGCUGGGCUCCUGCAUCUCUUAUUUGCGGUGUCGGCGGCGGCUCGCGCUUCCCUCCCCUCGCCCCCCUUCUCCCCACCCCCUUUCCAAUUUUCCCUCAACACCCCCCCAAUACCUUUUCUUCUCUCUCUCUCUCCUCUCUAUAUCCCCAAACCGGGCUGCAAGCGCGAAGUGUCUUCAUGAACCCCAAGGAUGUCCGGGAAGCAUUAUAAGGGCCCUGAAGUCAGUUGUUGCAUCAAAUAUUUCAUAUUCGGCUUCAAUGUCAUUUUCUGGUUUCUGGGCAUAGCAUUUCUUGGAAUUGCACUCUGGGCAUGGAAUGAAAAAGGAGUGCUGUCCAACAUCUCCUCCAUCACCGACUUGGGAGGUUUCGAUCCAGUUUGGCUCUUCCUCGUGGUAGGAGGAGUGAUGUUCAUUUUGGGGUUUGCAGGAUGCAUUGGAGCUCUGCGAGAGAACACCUUCCUUCUCAAGUUUUUUUCAGUAUUCCUAGGAAUCAUUUUCUUCCUGGAACUUACGGCUGGUGUUCUGGCAUUUGUCUUCAAAGACUGGAUCAAGGAUCAGCUGUACUUCUUUAUCAACAACAACAUCCGAGCGUACAGAGAUGACAUUGAUUUGCAAAACCUCAUAGAUUUUACGCAAGAAUAUUGGCAGUGCUGCGGAGCCUUUGGAGCAGAUGACUGGAACCUCAACAUUUAUUUCAACUGCACAGACACCAACGCUAGCCGAGAGCGCUGUGGGGUGCCCUUUUCCUGCUGCACUAAGGAUCCUGCUGAAGAUGUCAUCAAUACUCAGUGCGGCUACGAUGCCAGGCAAAAACCAGAAGUUGACCAGCAGAUCGUUAUCUACACGAAAGGUUGUGUCCCCCAGUUUGAGAAAUGGCUGCAAGAGAACCUCACUAUAGUGGCUGGCAUAUUCAUUGGGAUUGCAUUAUUGCAGAUAUUUGGCAUCUGCUUGGCUCAGAACCUGGUUAGCGAUAUAGAAGCUGUCAGAGCCAGCUGGUAAACUCGCCGACACAAGCGGCACAAGACACCAGCCAACCUCACCUCUCGGAAAGCUCCAGUGUGUCGCGUGGGCACCAAGUCAUAUGGAAGUGGGUGACAGUGAAGUCUCAAGUUCUCAAAUGGCCGGAAGUGCCUCGGGCCGUUGUUUAUUCCAGAGGGAACAGCUCCAGCCACCCGUUCGCCGACGGAAGCUUCCGAAAGCCCCAACCCGAACUUGUGUUGAGCCGUGACUCUCCGCCGCGCCCUUGACUUGAGUCUCUGGUGGAUGCUCUUUUCUUCCUUUUUUUUUGUGGUAAAUGGCCUGUGUCAGUGAGACCUCAAUCGCCGGCUAGUUUACUGGGCCCACUCUUCAUUCUCCGUGUCACAAGCCUGUCUGUCGCUGCCAAACGUGAGGCAAUUUCUCUCAUCGGUGCACACCAAAAGGAGCGGCCUGCCUUUUCAGCAGACGGGAGGCCUGGCGCUCCCUUCUGGAAGAGAACCUGUCAAAUAGAAAGCCACUUUCCCAGUCCUUGGCUCCUUCGCUUACUGGCAGGAAAUGAGGCUCCCUGUGGAAGCUCUGAUUAAGACCUGCUCUGUAAUGCCCUCUGUUGGGGACCAACAGUGUGUAAUUAUUUUCCAGUCUCCCGCAACCUUGUCCCACAAGGGAGAGGGGGUUGGGAUUUAAUGUCUUAAUCGACAGGUUUAAGGGGGAAUGUGCAGCUCUUGCCCUUCUUCACCACUGAGUUGGCAACAUGUAAGAGAGUUGCAGGAUGAAGUCUCGAACCAGCUUUUUAAACUAAGAGAAUGGGAUGUGUGGUAAACAUAAAGCAUACCCUACAGCAUACCAAAUUUCAUGAGUAAAAUGGUGGAAUUUGUGGAAUAGCCUUCAGUCUCCUUUUUUUGUUGUAUUUGAGGCAGCUGGGCAGGUGUUCAAGGUAGCCCCUUGGGCCAGACAUCUCCAGCUGGAUUGAUCGCUUCCCUCCAUUUUUAUUUCUGCAUGUAGUUGCUAUAAUGAUCCUUAGGAGUGUGACUUGUUUGAGUAUCUGUGGUUUCUGAGUAGGCUUCCAAUUCCAACUUGCAUAUUUAUCAUAGCUGCCAAGUUUUCCCUUUUUCUCACGAGGAAGCCUAUUCAGCAUAACGGAAUUUCCCUUUAAAAAAGGGAUAACUUGGCAGCUAUGAUAUUUAUUAGCAUAGAUGUGGAUGAGAAGAGAAUUCACAGCCCUUGUUUUGCAGUGAGAGAAAUGACUUCACCUCUCUUCAAGUACCUCUGCAGACCACUUGCAUCUCUUCUUUAAAAUCUCUCCCUCCCUCUCUUUUUCUGUGAUUCAAAUAGUAGUACUUUAUUUAAACAGAAUUCCUAAAGGCUUUAAAGAAAAAUAAGUAGUAAUUCACAGCCUCUGUUUUCAGACCAAGGUGAAGACAUUAGGAUUUUGGAAGAAGCACAAUACAAAACUCCCUUUAGGACCACGAUCCUAAAUACGUUAUUUUUUGUUCUUUUUUCUUUUUGCAUGUUAAGAGACCAUUGCGACUGGUGGGCAUUCAGUUUUUUGUGAAUGUGUUUCGGGCCUGAAUAUAGGUAUUUAUACAGUAUUUGAUUUACAUUUAAGCAGCAAUGAAAAGCGCAAAAGUUGAAGGUGCCUUCUACAGAAGAAUCGGACUUUAGCAUCUCUUAUCAAGGAGAUGGCAUUCGGCUAAGCUCUGUUGCAUCUGGGGUGGGAGUGGGGAGGAAUCUGUUGAACUCUAUUCAUUAUCUGGCAGGGAUAACAUGCGUCUUAAGGUGGAGUGUGGGAAAAGUUAAUUUCCAGAUAACUGCUGUAAUUGUCGUUUUAGACACCUUAAUUGGAACUGAAUUCAAAACAACCUGCCUCUUUAUACAAGCCACCUCUUAGUUUUAGUGGAUAAUUGACAGCCUAAAUUGACCCCAUCCCACAAAUGGGGGUCCCAUGACCUACAACUCCCUGACCAUUAGCCAUGCUGACCAGGCCCAGGGGGUGUUAGGAUACCAACAACCUCAGACUCACAGUCCCUUUAAAAAUAACAAUACACUUCCUCAGUAUUACCUCAUUCUUAAGAGACUCAGUGUGGCUGCCUUGACUGAAUAUGGGGCACUGGUGGGUCCCCAGUGGCUAUCUGCAUCGGCGGUGGCUCUGCCAGGGGCAUAUAUAAAAUCUAUUCUCAUUGUCUCACAGUCCAGUGAGCCUUCAUUACCUCCUAAGCCCUUGUUUGGGCUGCUGCUGAAGGGGAAGGAAACAAACCCCUUUUUGCCCUGGAGUGGCAGAAGAGUGUUAUGGGCAUGGUGGACAAAAAAGGGCAAAGUUGUGAGAGAACUUUGGGGUUUGCAGAGCUGAAGAGACCGUGCAUUCCAGAAAUGAGGCCAAACUCCUGAGAAUGACAUGGACGUAUUCUGUCUGUAACAGUGAGUAUGCUGAGGAAACAUUCCUUGUGGCUUCUGCUGCUACUGUAGGUUUCUGAAUUAGAAUUUUUCCAUCCUUCUGCUUGAAGAUCAUCUGCAUCCUUCCCCAACUAGCUAGGUGUUCUCAAGAUAUUUUUGACAACGACUCCCGUGAGCCCCAAUCAGCACAGUGGGUGGUGAAGUCUGAUUUUGUUCUAGCCUCUCUCUCACGGCUUCUCUCUGCUCCCCUUCCUUUGCCAAGAGUGAAUUUAUGUGACCAUUUGUAACUUGGCGCGGAGGGUUGUGUGUGUGUGUUUGGGCGACUCUGUCACGGUGCUAAAGCUUUCUUGUUAAUGUUGUGCCACCAUGUGGUGAGGCUUAUAAUGGCAACCUUUUCAUAAUUGCCUCGUGUUGGAAUUUCUGUCUGGUUGCUUGACCUAAAGAGUUGUUGUCUUCUUGGUCCCAGAAGAGAGUAAGCCUAGAAACCCAGAAAUUGUGUUUUGUUGCAUGCAUGGUUUGCGUAUCUCUAGGUCCUGGUGGAAACUGAGGAAUUCUAAUAACACCCCCUCUUUAACAGCCCUUCUUGCUGUUGCAAAUAACUAAAUGGUUUAGAUUCCGUCAGCUGUUUGGUGUGCGUGUUGCAGCUUUUAUAACCCUGGUAAAUAGCUCCUUCAGAUUGCAUAGGCAUUAGGGAUGAGCCAUUUUCCUCUGAAAUUUAGAAUGUUGCUUUGAAGAAUUUUCCGACUCACUUUCUUAUGGCUCAUACACAUUUAAGCAAGCAGUGUGCACACUAUCUAAUGUGGACAUGUUCUCUCCACCCCACCCCACCUGAGUCCAUGACUGCAAAUCAGAUUUAACUGUCAGCAGGCCCCCAGCUGAAACAAUAAGAUGCUAUAAACUGUGCAUAGUGAGAACUUAACUGUUCUCACUUAUUAGGUUGAAAAACAAGUGUCAAGAGAGCUGCCGAUUGAUUGUAUUUCUAUGCCGCUUUUUCAUUCAAAUGAAUUUCAAAGUGGCUUACAACCAAUAAAUAACCAUAACAUAAUAAAACCUAAUAGCACAUUGUGAAUACAGCAUACAUUAUAUACAGUAAUUAACAGAUUAUCAAUAAAAGACUUGCAAUAAAAACAAAAAACAAAACAGCAACUAAAAAAUAAGCUAAACCUCACAGUUACGGCAAGCCAUAGGAUUAACAAAUCAAUGCGACGUUUAGAAUCUAUAAAGUGAUAUUAAAACUUUAACAAAAUAGCAACUAAAAAUAUAAGCUAAGCUCGGUGAGGCCUCAUUUCGACAGUAUAGAUUCUAUUUGUAAAACGCAUUGAGCUUUAACAAAAGAUGGUCAGCCAGCUGAAAUGCAGCAAUGUAGCUUUUAAAUUCAAGGGAACCUUGGGGGUCUCCCGAUGUUGCUGAACUACAACUUCCAUCCUCCCCAGCAAGCAUGGCCAGUGGGUGUUGUAGUUCAGCAGCAGCUGGAGGUCCAAAGGUUUCCCAGAAAAGCAAACCAUCUUGAAAAGGUAUCAUGCUGAUUUAGACGCCUCACGGGGGAGAAAAAAAGGUAGAAAGUACCCAGUCUCUGCUUCUUUACUUUUCUCAUGAUUUGUCCUCUGUGCUCAUCGGACACUAACUUGGAAGUCUCAUUUAAUACCCUGCUAGAAAGUCUCAUGCAGCACCAGAGAAAGGAGGGUCCGCCACUUGGGCAGAUCUCGUUGUUCUUGGUCUGAAAAAGGUCGUGUGUUGAUAAACAGUUGUAUCAUAUCACUUGGUUUUAUUUCAAAUCAAAAGUAUGCGUGCGGGGAAGGCAAGGCAGAGGAGAGCCUUACUUCCACCAGGACCAAAAGCAGAAUAGCAAGUGGAACCUGCGAAGGGAGGACUGAGCCUGUUGCAGCAUGCAUCCCACUGCUGCCUGCUAGGCAGAUUUUCCUUUCUCCCUUGGUGACUUUCUUACAACCACAUAUAUUUUUUCUUUGAAAGGGAGGAGAUAUUCAAGCAGGGUGAAGGAGAUUUGGAUCUGGCAAAGGGAGAAUUUUUAACAUACCUUAAAAUAAAGGGGAGAAGGAGUUGGGGUGUGUGUCUGUGUGCGUGUUAAAAUAGCCCAAACCAUGUGUCUUUAUUGUCCAAAUGCUCAGAUACAGAUCUUGACACCUGCAGUGCCUCAACCUCCAAAAUGGAUUCUGCAAGUUCUGUGUGUCGGAUUUGGGGCUGAGUAGCUUGGCUGUUAGAGGGAAGUGUGCCCACCUGCUUUUCAUCUCACUUCCCUGCUCAUCUCUUCUCUCUCUCCCCCCCCCCCCAAUUAGCAGCACCAAAUAAAUAAAUCCCCAGCUACGGAGAUGCAAGUUUGUACACCACCUUGUCUUCUAAACACUGGAAGUCUGGGAAGCUUGUUGCUUAAUGGCCGGAUCCAAGAGGCCUGAUUAACAAACCACUUGUUUAUGUGUUGCCUGCCAGUUUAGUCAAGUUAGGGUAGUCAAGUUAGCUCUUCAAAGACCAUCACACCUGCGUUCCUGGACAGUAUUGUUAUGGAGUGACAGUGGCUCAGUUCCAUGUAUGAAGUCCAAAGAGCCACUUUCAAUCGCCCCCAAUUAUAGAUCUGUGUUCUCUCCACUGUACAACCCCCUUUGUUGGAGUUUUGUUACUGCUCUAAACCUUUGGUUAAGUAACUGUGAUAUGUUGAAAAUACUAUACUGCAUUCUGAGGGAUACAUCUUGAUUUGAGCUUUCCCAUUCCAGAAGCUCUCUUCCUGCCAGAAGCUGCGGGAAAUGCUUUCCUCUUGGAUUCUCCCCUUAUUAUUCUCUGAGCAGAGUCUUACUUUCUUUCAUUUAAAGUUGUCAAACCAAGACUUGGGACCUGGUCUUUUCAGGUUCCAUGCGGCAUGUAAAUAAUUUUUGAACUGUAAAUAGUAGCAUGCAAAAGAUCUGAUCCACACUGAGGAUUGCAAUUCAUCAUAAAUGUGUAUUUAUACUGAGAAGGUUGUAUGAGGUGAGUUUACCUGUCUGUCUGAAAAACUUAAAAGCUUUAAAUACAGUAUCUAGCAGAUCAUGCCUGGAAUGCUUUAAUAUGCUGCCAUCUAGUGUCUCCUUGGUAAAACUGCAGCUUAACAAAACUAGUAAGACUGGCCCAAAACAUUUUUUUUGGAUGUUUGUUCUAGAGCUGCUUUGAAUCCCCUCUUCUACCCACUUUGUGCAGGGAUUAUAUUGGUCAGCUGCGCCACAGGAGCUUUGUGUUCUGAUGCACCACCCCCAAAAUGAAUAUUUCUGCUGGUCCCGCUUACCAAAGAUGCUGAGGAGAGAACAGUUGGAUGGGAAUGUUGAGGUCUCCCAAAAAUGCCUGCCCACUAAUGGCCAUAAUGCAAAGCACAAUUCAGCAGACAUGUGGGUGGGCCAGAGCUCCUUGUGUUCUCCCAGCCACCAUCCUGAGUGUACAUCGUCUAUGCUUUGGUGCUACGCAAAGAGUGGUCUCCUGGAAAAGGGGGACAGGAGGAGGAUAUUAUGCCUUUGGGGUUUCCACCGCUUCUUUUACUGCUCUGGUCCAACAUGCCAUAAAUUCAGCUGCCACAUUUUUGCCCCCAUAGAGGCCUGUGUGCCUUGCAUGCUCCCAGCUAUAGAGAUCUUUCUGCAGUGCAGAAGCGCCAGGGACUUGGCGGCCUAAUCUAUGGGCAUGUGUGGUUUUUGAGGAUAGGUCGUGCUGCCUGAAGAGAAAAGCUCCAUUGCUUGCAAGAAAGCCUCAAGUCUCAUUCUUUUGAGUGCAUGAAACUUGCCUUGACGGAACACAUGCUGUUAGGUUUCUUAAGGAGCUUAAUGCCAACUCUUUGUGCUUUCUGGCACCAUAGAGUUAUCUGUCUUAAUUGUACACAGCACCAUCAGAGCAUAUAUGUAUCUCACGGAGGGUUCCCCCCCCCCUUGGUGGGCAGGGUAUGUCAACGUGCACAUCCUGAAUCUGUGUUUCAGACACAGCCAUUUGCAUGGACUUCAGUGCAUUGAUGUACAGGUAGAAAAUGUUACACUGGUGUUUGUUUUUUUAAAUUAAAAAUAUCCAGUGCAACAUGGUAUAUAUUCCCCCUCUAGGCUCCUGUUUUCCUGUACUACCCGAUCUGAUUUCCAAUUGUGACGUCCACUUAUGUGUGCUGGUCCACUGCAGUUGUUCCCGCAAUGUUCCCAUGGAGAGGAAAUUCAGCACUUGGACGCUGUUUCUCAGGCUUUAACACAAUCAAGAGGGGAAGUGUCAGGGUAGUAACUGCAGCAGGGCUUGAAGGGGCAACAGAAGUGCCUUCCGUUUUCCAGUGGAUGCUGCAUUAAAUUGGGAAUGGUAACGUACGGCCUGGGGUUUGUGGUUCAGUCUCCUAAACCAGAGAAGCAGAAUUGCCAAACCUUCUCUCCCCCGCCCCCUUUUUUGGGCAUCCACAUGGAAGGAAUGCUUGCACCCAGAUUUCACUCUGACGUGGUGGCCGAGGUGGAGGCAGGUGACAUGCAAGAUCUUCAGCUUGGGUAAGCACUGAACACCUGGCCUUUUUCUCCUGCAGUUCAUGCCUCUCAUUGCUCGUAGAUUAUCAUGGGCAAGAAGCAGUGCACUCCGGGGUCUUACAGGGUGCCCCCAAAUUGCCUUGGCUUUGUGAAAACGUUAGGAUUGGCUUUCUACACCGUGUACUUUGAGCAGAAACUGAUGGGAGAGAUAAGUGUGUGUAUACUCUUGGUAAGGUGACUGCAAAAAGGCUGCAGUCCUGUGCAAUCAAGCACCAUUGACUCCAGCGGGGCUUGCAUCGGACCAGACAUGCAUAGGACUGCACUGUUACAAAGCUACCGGUAUGUAUCCAAACCAAUGCAGAUGCUCCUUACGGUAUGAUUAAAAUAAGCUGCACCUGCAAUCGUCUUGCUGCAUAGUCUGUGCCUAGGGAAAUUGAGUCUCAAAGAAAGGUGUUCUCUCUUCAUACUAAAAAAACAAACAAACAAUGGAGUAGAUUGGGCAUGGGGGAUCUGCGACUUUGUCUGGUUUUCAAACAUUAUAAAAAUGCUUGCAUCACUUCCCUUAAUCAUUGCACGUCGCAACGAAGGGCACUACUGUAAUUACCGUUGUGUUGGGUUUUUUUUCUUUUUCUACGAAUGUAUUUUCCUGUAUUGAAAGUCUUGUAAGUCAGAAAAAAUUUGAUUGUAAAAAGCCAAUAACACUUACUGAUGAUGGAAAGUAUUGUUAUAACAGAACUGCAUGCUGGUACAGUUUGACUGAGGUUGUGUCGUCUCCUUCCCAGUUGGUCACACUUGGUCUAAAAGUAGAUAUAUUUUUGUUCAAUCGACAUCUUUCCUUCACAAUAGAAUAUAUGGUAUAUCGUACAUAGCCCAUGCGAAUUUCAGUGGAUGUAACUGGACUUAUACAUGAAGUUAACACAACCUCUUUGUGUUAGUUUUUAAGGUAUUGAAAGUGGUCUUCAUCGUGCUCUUUGUACCUUUUUUUUAAAAUAGAUGCGAUUUUUAGGAAUGUUUUAAUACAUUUAUGAUGGACAACAUAGUUUUACUAGUUGUGCAGUAUUCUGUAUUUUACUUGAAGUAAAUCAUUUUAUAUGCAAUUUGUUAGUAUAAUUACAGUUUUAUAAAUAAAAUUGAGUGACAUUU